AGUGCUUCCAUUUGCGCGACCGCGACGGCGUCAGAUCUGAGCGCACCGCUUGACAAGGGGGACUCAGGGAGAACGGAUCUGUUGCUAUCGGGAGCUAUCCAGUGCUGAAGUUGAUUUUCGCGUAACGGCUCGUGUACAGCAGAAGCACAUCGCCACGGAGCUCCCGCGUCUUUUUCUCCGCUCAGGUGUUUGACUUUCAGCACCUUUUCAGGACCACCGGGCUGUCCAAGUCUUUUAUUCUGCGGUGGAUAAAGCAAGGAUAACGUGCUGGACAAGUCCUUCUGCUCUGCGCUCUAAACAUGCCAAGGUCUUUUUUGGUGAAAAAGGUGAAGCUAGAUGAUUUCUCAUCCACGGAAAUUGAGAGCGCGUACGGCAGGUCCAGGACCGAUCUUAGCUUUCGGAUACAUGACAAAGGGUACAUCAGUGACUACAUCACCCCAGCCGUUUACGAUGGAGAAAGCGACGGUGGCAUUAAAGUACCUUCCCCAGGACCGAUUUAUGACAGCAACCACAGUGACUACGGGGCACCUGACUCGGACCAGCCGGACAGCCCGCAGUCAGAGAUCACGUCCGGGUACAUUAACGGUGACAACGCGGUGAGCGAAGGUUACACCGUGGAUGCGUUCUUCAUCACGGACGGCAGGUCGCGUCGGAAAGUGAUUAGCGGCUCGCGGACGCUCCAGCGACACACGUGCAACGAAUGUGGCAAAACCUACGCAACGUCUUCCAAUCUGAGCAGGCACAAACAGACGCAUCGGAGCCUGGACAGCAAAAUGGCCAAAAAGUGCCCGACAUGUGGAAAAGUGUACGUGUCCAUGCCAGCCAUGGCCAUGCACCUGCUCACCCAUGACCUCAAGCACAAGUGUGACAUAUGUGGAAAAGCGUUCAGCAGACCUUGGUUACUGCAGGGCCACAUGCGGUCUCACACCGGCGAGAAGCCCUUUGGAUGUGCACACUGUGGAAAAGCGUUUGCCGACCGCUCCAACCUGCGGGCGCACAUGCAGACCCACUCGGCUUUUAAACAUUUCAAAUGCAAGCGAUGCAACAAAACUUUCGCGCUCAAGUCCUACCUGAACAAGCACUACGAGUCCGCAUGCUUCAAAGGCGCGUUCUCGCCACUCGCGUCUGUUGAGGCAUGACUUCCGGACUUGAAACACUUACCCCCAUCCCCAGUUAUGUCUCACAAUCAAAAGUGAAACCCAAUAAUAGCACAAUUUUAUCUAUUUUUUGCAAAGUUUACCAUAAAGGAAUAUGGAACCUUAGCAUGCACUUCAGAACUCAUGUCGUCAAAUGACGCUCAUGCAUUUGACUUCACCUCGGCGCUGCGCAACACUUGACCUUAUGACUGGCGUCGAUUCGAAUGAAGGCUUGAGUGACAUCAUGUUCCAUUAAAAUAAAACUCUUUUUUUAUUGUCAGUGGAUAUUAUCAUACUACUGCAGGUGGCCCAAACGUAUUCACAAUCGAGGUAAACCGUUAUUUAUAUAUAUAUUUAUUUAUUUAUUUAGUUUUAAUUACUUCAUAUAGUACGUAUUAUUCAAUAUGAUGCACUGAAAGUGUUUUUUGUUUUUUUUAUUCAUACAGAUUCUUUUUUUU